AUGUCUCACACCAACCUGACGGACCAUCCCCAGUUUAACCUGUCCCGACCUACCACCUUCAUCAUUCAUGGCUAUCGGCCUUCUGGCUCUCCUCCGGUGUGGAUCGACAAUUUCACAGCCGUGUUGCUGGCCCGAGCGGACAUGAAUGUCAUAGUGGUGGACUGGAACCGCGGAGCUGCUACUGUCCUUUAUUUUAAGGCAGUGCAGAACACGUACAAAGUAGCUGACAACGUCACGGCUUUCAUUAGGCAGAUGAAGGAUCAUGGCGCUUCUAUGAGCGACAUCCACUUGAUCGGCGUCAGUCUUGGAGCUCACAUAUCAGGCUUCGUGGGUGCUAACUUAAAUGGGAAAAUUGGAAGAAUCACAGCUCUGGAUCCCGCUGGCCCAGACUUUACUGGUCAGCCUCCAGAGAAGCGACUGGACCCCACAGAUGCCCAGUUUGUUGACGUCCUACACACAGAUAUGGACUUUCUAGGCUUCAGGGAACCUUUGGGACACAUUGAUUUCUAUGCCAAUGGAGGAGCAGAUCAGCCAGGCUGCCCAAAGACUAUCCUCUCUGGGGGAUCCUACUUUAAAUGUGACCAUCAGAGAUCAGUGGUGCUUUUUAUUGAAACUGUGAAUAAUACGUGUAGCAGCAUUGCUUUCCCCUGCUCAUCCUAUGAAGACUUUCUGGAUGGUAGAUGCUUAAACUGUGACCAAUUUGCGGAUAAAGGAUGUCCUGUCUUUGGUUAUGAUGUGAUACGAUGGAAAGGUCUGUUGAAGGAGCAAACAAAAUCUUACUUCAAAACAAAUGCACAGACUCCAUUCUGCAUGACAAACUAUAAAGUGGAUGUAAUGAUCUGGAACAAGAGUGGACGGGCGGGCUACUUGACCAUUAAGCUCUAUGACGACAAUAAAGAAGCAGUGGCAACCAUUGACCACCGAGAAGUGGAGUUCAAGAAGUACAAAAACACUGAGCUGUUCGCUCAGUUUGACAAAGACAUUCAGGCAGUGAAAAAGGUCUCGCUUAAAUUCUCCACUGGGAAUGUGUUCCAGCCCAAGCGCAAGCUCAGAAUUCUCAAAGUCCGUCUCACACAACUGGAAGGGCAACGGAGCCCUCUCUGUCGAUAUGACGUCCUUCUUGAGGAGAACAAAGAGGUCACCUUCAGCCCAAUACCAUGCGAAGACUCCAACUUCUGA